GGAAGGGGCAGAGCCAGAAUCCAUCCCUUCCCAGCCCUCAUUUUAGGGUUGGCAAUGGAGAUAAGGGGAUCUCAUUGGAGAUCCCUGUGUACCUGAGGCCUUCUAAGGUUUCACCUGAAGAAAGCAUUGGAUUGAGACUCAGAAGCUCUGACCUGAUCCUCGGUGACUGUUCCAGACCAGAUGCAUGACUGUAGAUGCUGCAGUUCCAGCUUGUUGUGGUCCAUCUGGCCCUUGUCAUCACCCUGCUGCAGUGGCAUUCUAACUCAGUGCUCCUUGCAGAGGCAGCUCCAGAGUCUUUGGACCCUUCUGCUGCUCUGGACAUGGCAGUGCAUCCUACUGCCAGUGAGGAGAAGUCAGCCUCCAGCCUGGCAGCCAAGCUGCUCCUUCUUGAUGAACUGGUGUCUCUGGAGAACGAUGUGACUGAGACAAAGAAGAAAAGGAGUUUUCCAGGAUUUGGUUCCCCAAUCGACAGAAUUUCUGCGACAUCUGUGGACACUAAAGGCAAACAGAGGAAAGCAGUUGAGCUGCCUAAGAGACGGUUUGGAGUUCCUCUUGAUCGAAUCGGAGUGAAUCGUCUUGGCAACACCAAGGGUUCUUCUGUUCUGAAUGACUGAUGCCAUACAGGAAACAUCACAGAAAUGUGGAAGAUGCAUCAGAGCACAUCUUGUCAUUGACUAAUGAUUCAACACUCAAGGAAUUGACCUCCUGCAAAACCUUCUUCACGUUGUGUUUUACAAACAUUGCAUUUACAAAUAGUAACUAAUUCAGUUCAUCAGAUCAGAAUGCUCUCACAGCUGAGCACAGUGCCACUGAUAGGAGGAGACAGAAAAAAAUGCAUGGUUUAAUCAUAUGGCAUUUAUGUCUUAAACCUGCAGAAAUCCCUUCUCCUAGCAAAGACUGUUCGAAUUUUUGGAUUUAAAAUAAAACUCUCUGAAAAGCCAACAGCAGUCCAUGAAGUGCAGGCAGUUUGCUUUGUGCAUGUAUUUCAAGAAGGUGUUUUUCUGUUAGAUGAAGGGAGGAUUUAAUAGCUAUGGGACAAAUCCAUAUUGUAUUUGAACUGCUGUUUGGGAGAAGACAUUUACUGAUAUCAUUAGGAGUUGAUCUGAAUAAGAAGAAAGAAAAAAAUCUUAGGAUUUGCUCUGAUGCUUUUAACAGUCUUCCUUGCACCAAAUUUAGAAAUGUUUUCAUUGUACAGCAUAUCCUGACAUGUGGCGAGACUGUCAGCUUCCUCCUGUAAGCUAACAAAUGCAUUUCAGUCCUCCCUAUGCAUAACAUAGGAUAGUGUCCAAAUAUGAAGUCAUCUACUUCCUAGGCCAUCUGCAUUGUAUGCCUUAUUUUAGUCUCUUGAUGUGUGCAUAGGGCAUAAUCGCAUAUGCAACUGUAAAAGUUCAAGCAUUUCUUAGUCUGAUAACGUGUAAACAUGUGCCUGUUCUCUCUAUUUCAAUUCAGAGUAAAACAGGUUAUCUUGAA